ACCCACGUUUCUCUUUCUUCCUGUCUGCUUGGAAAGAUGGCGUCCCGCAAGGAAGGCGCCGGCCCCAACGCCGUCCCUUCCAGUUCCGCCACGGGCGCGGCAGGGAAAGGCAAGGGCAAAGGAGGCUCAGGAGAUUCAGCGGUGAAGCAAGUGCAGAUAGAUGGCCUGGUGGUAUUAAAGAUAAUCAAACAUUAUCAAGAAGAAGGACAAGGAACUGAGGUUGUUCAAGGCGUGCUCUUGGGCCUGGUCGUGGAAGAUCGACUUGAAAUUACCAACUGCUUCCCUUUCCCGCAGCACACAGAGGAUGAUGCAGACUUUGAUGAAGUCCAGUAUCAGAUGGAGAUGAUGCGGAGCCUGCGCCACGUGAACAUCGACCACCUGCAUGUGGGCUGGUACCAGUCCACCUACUACGGCUCGUUUGUCACCCGCGCACUGCUGGACUCCCAGUUCAGUUACCAGCAUGCCAUUGAGGAAUCUGUCGUUCUCAUCUAUGAUCCCAUAAAAACUGCCCAAGGGUCCCUCUCUCUGAAGGCGUAUAGACUGACUCCUAAACUGAUGGAAGUCUGUAAAGAGAAAGAUUUUUCCCCUGAAGCAUUAAAAAAAGCAAAUAUCACCUUUGAGCACAUGUUUGAAGAAGUGCCGAUUGUAAUUAAAAAUUCACAUCUGAUCAAUGUCCUAAUGUGGGAACUUGAAAAGAAGUCAGCCGUAGCCGAUAAACAUGAAUUGCUCAGUCUUGCUAGCAGCAAUCACCUGGGGAAGAACCUGCAGCUGCUGAUGGACAGAGUGGAUGAGAUGAGCCAAGACAUUGUAAAGUACAACACAUACAUGAGGAACACCAGCAAGCAGCAGCAGCAGAAGCACCAGUAUCAGCAGCGUCGUCAGCAGGAGAACAUGCAGCGCCAGAGCCGGGGAGAGCCCCCACUGCCUGAGGAGGACCUAUCCAAGCUCUUCAAGCCACCACAGCCCCCCGCCCGGAUGGACUCGCUGCUCAUAGCAGGCCAGAUCAACACCUACUGCCAGAACAUCAAGGAGUUCACUGCCCAGAACCUGGGCAAACUCUUCAUGGCUCAGGCUCUGCAGGAGUAUAACAACUGAGGGAGGGACGUUUUCGGAAAAGAGGUUCCAUGAACUCUGACAUCACACCAGGGCAGCUUUGGAAGAGAUGUCUUUGCAUACUGAAAAGACUGGAGGAUUCUUUGAACAUCAUUGCUGUUUUUGGCUGUAACAUUGUCUUUCUAGCCAGUAAUAAAAGAGAACAAAAUCUUGA